UCCUGCGCCUCCGCCCCGGCCGGCCGCGGGCAGCGCGGAGCGGGCGCUCGGGCUGUGCCCGGGUUUGGUGCGGGUCGCGGCCCGGCCCGCUGAGGUUAUAUCAAGAGAAAAUUUUUAAAAGUGUUAAGGUCAUGACAAAGUUAAGAAGAUAAUCCUGUGAAAGAAGGCACUUGAAGAAAAGUGUUGGAACUGGUUUUAUAAGGAAUGGAAGGAUACAAUGUGUUGAAAGUACUAGGAGAGGGAUCCUUUGGCAGAGCUCUGCUAGUUCAUCACAAAAUCAGUGACCAGAAGUAUGUAAUGAAGGAAAUCAGGCUUCCAAUGUCUUCAUCUGGUGUAGAGAAUUCUAGGAAGGAAGCUGUUCUUUUGGCUAAAAUGAAACAUCCAAAUGUCGUUGCCUUUAAAGAAUCAUUUGAAGCUGAUGGCCAUCUGUAUAUAGUGAUGGAAUAUUGUGACAAUGGAGAUCUAAUGCAAAAGAUUAAACACCAAGGAGGAAAUUUUUUCCCUGAAGACACGAUCCUUCACUGGUUUGUGCAGAUGUGCCUGGCUGUAAAGCACAUUCAUGAUAAACGUGUGCUGCACAGGGACAUAAAAUCCAAGAAUGUCUUCCUCACUCAAAGUGGAAAAGUCAAAUUGGGAGAUUUUGGAUCUGCACGCCUUCUUGCACAUCCAAUGUCAUAUGCUUGCACCUAUGUGGGAACUCCUUAUUAUGUACCUCCAGAAAUAUGGGAAAGCCUGCCAUACAACAACAAAAGUGAUAUAUGGUCUCUGGGGUGUAUUCUGUAUGAGCUGUGCACUCUAAAACACCCGUUUCAAGCCAAUAGCUGGAAACAUCUCAUCCUUAAGAUAUGCAAAGGGUCCUACGAUCCACUUCCAUCUCACUAUUCCUAUGAACUUCAUUACUUAAUAAAACAGAUGUUUAAGAGAAAUCCCCAGAAUCGUCCAUCAGCCAGUACUAUUCUUUCAAGAGGUUGCUUAGCCAAACUUGUAAAAAAUUGUUUUCCUUCUGAGAUGGCAAAUGAGUUUGAGCAGGUAUUAAAGGAAACCAAGAAACAUGAAGGCAAUGCAUCAAGACCAAAGGGUAGUGUCAUGGUUGGUGGAAGUUCAAACAAUAAGACAGAAAAUAGACGAAGGAAAGAUGAAAGUAGCAAGCAUAGCCCCUUAGAAAGGAAAAAUGCUGAGGGUUUGAGUGAAGGCACAAGGGAACAAAAGAAAUCUUAUCAAGAAGUAUCAGCUUCUGCUGUCCUCCCAGGAAGUACUGAUUUGUCACACGCCCACAGGAGGCAAUGGGAAAAGAGGAUAUCCAAUACUGUACUGGAUGUCCUGGAAAAUGCAUCCUUGCUUUCUUCCAGUUUUACACCUGAAGAGACUGAAAGUGGUGGUGUUAUAAACUACAGUGAAAAUAAGCCACGGAAGCAGUGGAACAAGGAACCUCCUCAGACCCUGAUGAACAUGCUCAGCAAUGCAGAUGUCAGCUUAGCAUUUAAAACAUACACAAUUUAUAAACCAGCUUCUGAAAACGUAUUAAGAGGUCCACUUUCUGAUGAAAGCAAAGCAUCUGAUGAAGUAGAUGGUGAACAUGAAGCUGUUGUCAUAGAUUCUGAGAGACUUGAGCCUAGAUCUGAUGAAGAUGACACGGACUUCGAGGAAGAUGACCCGGACUGGGUGUUGGAACUGAAAAUGGUAUUGACACAGAAUGACUGAAAACUUGAAUCUAUGAUUAGUGAAGUUAGGUGUGCUGGUAUCCAAGUUGUUGUUAAUCAUUGGUUAUUCAUUAAAUAAUUUCAGUCCAAAAAAUCUGAGUGGGCAUAUCUUCUGUAUCGCAAAACUGAGGAUGGAAAAUGUACAAUAAACUCUUUUAGAAAAGUUUCUUUUUGAGGAAGAACACUUGCAAAUAGCUAAACAAGUCCACGUAUUAAAUGUAUUUGAAGUUGGUAAUAGCUUUGCAGAAAUGUUCACUCAAAUUACAGCAUUCUCCAAAUUGCCCUCUUGUUACAUUUUGAGGAGAUGGUGUAGCACUACGAGAAGUGUAAUGGUGUUUUUCUGGAUUUCAUACGGAAAUGCAGCAUUGUGGUGAGCUGAUGCUGGGUGGAUACCAGGUGCUGCCACCAAAGCCUCUCUGUCACUCCCCCCCUCAGCUGGGCAGGGGAGAGAAAAUUUAAUGAAAGACUUAUGGGUCAAGAUAAACACAGGGAGAGAUCACUCACCAGUUACUGUCACAGGCAAAACAGACUUGACUUGAGGAAAUUAAUUUAAUUUAUUACCAACCAAAUCAGAGCAGAGUAAUGAGACAUAAACCCAAAUCUUAGAACACUUUUCUCCCACCGUCCCUUCUUCCUGGACUCAAUUUCACUUCACUGGUCAAGGCCGAGCCCAUCAGCGGUGGUGGUAAUGCCUGUGGAAUAACAGAUUAAAGAAGGGGAGAGAGGGGCAGGGAUGGGGACACAGGUGAGUGGAUCUGUCUUGGAGCUGGCUGGCAGCCACCCCUGCAGCUCUUCUCUGCUAUUGAUACCCUGCCGCACAAACCAAUGCAUACAUAUGUAUAACUGAUGUUUGAAGGGCAUAUUAUGGGAAACAUUUAGCUAUGAUAAGUAUUUAAGGCUUUUGUUUGUGCAGUUAUUAAUCCCCUGAGAACUCUUUGAGACUGAACUUUUGCCUUGAUUAAAUGAAAAGGGUUUUUUAUAUGCCA